AUGGAUCAGCUUCGCCGUUUGAGGAAACAGCAAGAGCUUCUUCGUGAGCGUCAUGGGGCACCAGGCUCUUACGCUGUCUCUUCUAAUCAACAUUCUCGUACUGGUUCAAACACUGGCAAUGGUAGUGGCAGUGGUGUAGAUGGAGGCGUUGGUGGAAGCGUUGGAGCCGCAAGUGGUCUUACAUCCAAUGAACGUCGGCCUGGUUCUUUGGGCUCCUGUUCACGUACUCCUGCAGAUGUAGCCAGGCGACGAAGGCACAAAACCAUCACACCGGCUCUAUUAAGAAUGCGCUGUGGCGCCUGUGGUCACACAGGGCAUAUGCGCACUAACAAGGAAUGCCCUAUGUAUGGCCGUAAUGAUGCGAUUUCAUCUUCGGGUGUGCCUGAUGAGCAAAAUCGCUCAUUUAAUGACAAUAGUCAAGUUGGAGGGGCUGGUUCUUCGGUUUGGCCUGCUGAAUAUACUAAGCGCCGGCCUCUCUCUGGGUCCCAUUCUACUUCAUCGACUCUUGGCCCCUGUACUGGUGGUGCCUCCAUUGCUGGCCAUUCCUCUGCUGUUAUGAAGCGUCGUCGGCCAGUUGGGAUGACAGUCGUCCCCAGUGCCACGGAUGGCGCUGUGGUUGCUGCGGCACAAGCUUUAACUUCGAGACCGGUCAGCGAGUUGUUAGCUGAAGAAGAAGCAGCCUCCGCGGCAGCCUCUACAUGUAAUAGAUCAGCUGCAGUUGCAUGUUAG